UACAAACGAAACUCACUGCGCCGUACGGUUUAAACAGCCCAGGCUGCAGAGUAGAUCGAUGAGCAAUGAAAAAAAGUGUUUUAUAUUAUUUUGCAACCCGUUGUAUGUCUUGUAAAACUUUUUUUUUUUUUUUUAAAUUGAAUGAACCGCGCUGUACAUAGUCGUUGGUCGUUGUUUGGUGACGUUGACAAGGACUUUCAAAGAGUCGUUGAAACAUGAAAAAGAUUCGAACCUGCUGUCGAGUUACUUUAAAGAAAGACCAAGAAUAGCGUUUUUUGUGACAUUUACAAAUAAAUAUAAAAAAUGUCAACAGGGCUUGCCAGGGGGGCAAACAGCGAGUUGCCUUGCUGUUCUACUGGCGGUUCUGGGAUUUACAGCAGCAGCAUGUCAUGUCCAGCAAAACAACAUCCACAGAUGCUUACUGACGAAUUCACAGUCCCCGAGGAGAGGCAGAGCUUUCUGGCAUCUAUCAAACCUAAAGUCGAGUUGCUGUUCAGGGUGGAUUUCACAAUCGUAGGCCUGCUGGACCCGGGUCGCGGAAGCAAAGCGACGAGGCAGGUUUCGCUUCAGUUGACGGGGAAGAAGGAAGAUGUAUGGAAGGCCAAGGAAUACAUCAAGGGUAUCUGUAACCCAGAUCUGCAAGAGAUGGAGAAGUACCCCAAGGACAUGCACUGCAUAUUUGUUGGCGCACAGAAAUUAUUCAUCAACUGCCUCGUGCAGGACACGAGCGCCGAUGUGUCGGUGGUGGAGAUGGGCUUGCUGUGCAUUCGUGGUGGGACUGAGGCCGUGGUGAUGGCGCAGAGUCAGAUUCAGCAGUUUGUAAAGCUCUUCGUAGAAAACCAGAGCUUGCCGAGUAAAAAGGAGCCUUUGGUGAAGAAGGCAUUUAAGAAUUUUAUAGAAUCACAUGCUGAUAAGUAUACCAUGGAAUUGCUUCUGUUGCCAAGCACCUUAAAAGGAGAACUUUUGAGUUUCACCAAGAGCAAGGUGCAGCGGGUUACAGGGCUUGAGUUUCAAGACACUUCAGACAAAGUGCAGUCUCACCCGAGGUGCGGAAACAAUGUAUCCUGUAUAAACACAGAAAACCAGCAAGAGGCAGAGAGAGGAAAAGCCUGCACCCCUGUAACAGAACUGUCAAACCAAGUACUGAACGCCUUUAUCGCAGAGUUUGAAGAGGAUCCGCCAGUGGAGUCAGCAGCACCGAAGGAGAGACAGUCUUGCAAGAGGAGAUCUUCGGGCAGUGAGGAUCGGGAUACAAAGAGGAAGUUUUCACUUGAAAGCAAAGACAGCGCCUAUAGUGUCGUCAAGUCUGGCAGCCCCACAUACAUACUCAGUGAUGAGGACACUGAUGGCUCGGUCAUUAUGGUAGACAGCAACAUGGACAGUGACGAGUUUUUGGUUAAAGUCAUCAAGGAGAUAGGCCAAAGGGGGGAACCCAUUGUGCUUCUCAAACGUAUUGAGGAAGAAAAUCAACAGCUGCAAGGAGGGGAAAAAAAGCAUCACAUCUCCCAAGCUCCUAGCUGCUCAAAAAAGACUUUAUGUGAAGGAUCGAAAAAAUUGGUCCAGCCAGAGGUGCGUUUGGGCAAGGGCAAGGAAAAGCGCAGUAGCAUAUUAAGUGAUGUGAAGAACUGCAAGCCUUUGAAUGCCUGUCGGCAAGAACAGCAAAGUGACUCCCUCUGGGUGACCAAGAACAUAUCCUUGUGUCCGCGCAUAAAGCCUUUGAAUGCCUGUCGACAAGAACAGCACAGUGACUCCCUCUGGCUGACCAAGAACAUAUUAUUGUGUCCGCGCAUAAAGGCAACAAUCGGUGACGAUGAAGAUGAAAGUGAUAUAGAGACUGACGGGUCCUCGGUGGAACCUGCUCUUAGAUUAGUGAAAGAGAAGGUGACUCUGAAAGAAACAGACUUCAGAGGGAGCUCUGGGAAGCUGUUGUUUAAACCGGUCCCGGCUGAGUCCGUCACUCCUGUGCAGAGCUCAGCAGGACUCUCUUCCAGACAGGACGCCAGCCCACCCCCAGAUAAACACUCUGGCUGCUCCUCCUCCUCCUCUUCCUUUCAGGCUGUACCUUCCGGGCAGACUUUCAUCGCAACAAUGCCUUCCCAUGAGGCAGCAGCAUUCGUACCUGCGACUGAACCUAAGAAGCCAAGCACUUCAUGUGUGACGGGAGAGAAACGCUUUCAGGAGUCUCUGAAAACAAAAUACAAACUGAGUCUCGAAAAUAAACCGGGAAGGCUGGAUCUAAAGAACGUCAUAAUUGAUGGCAGCAAUGUGGCCAUGGGGCAUGGGCUGCACAAAUACUUUUCGUGUCGUGGGAUCGCCAUUGCAGUAGAGUUCUUCUGGAAAUACGGACACAGACACAUCACUGUGUUUGUUCCGCAGUGGAGACAGAGAUAUGAUCCCCUCAUUACAGAGAAGCAUUUUUUAGAAGAGUUGGAAGAGCUGGGGAUUCUGUCCUAUACGCCUGCUAGAAUGUUUUGUGGACAAAGAAUCGCAUCUCACGAUGACAGGUUCUUGUUGCACCUGGCAGAAAAAACUGGGGGAGUCAUCGUCACAAAUGACAAUUUAAGAGAAUUUGUAACUGAAUCCAAAGCAUGGAAACAAAUCAUAAAAGAAAGGCUUUUACAGUAUACAUUUGCUGGUGAUAUAUUCAUGAUACCAGAUGAUCCUCUUGGGAGAUUUGGACCCAGAUUGGAUGAGUUUAUGCGUAAAGACUUAAGACGUGGACCUCCACAAAUACAGCUCGGAUCUCCAGCAGCAGCAUCCACUGGACCUGCACGAGCACGGCUUGGACCUCCAGCAGCAGCUUCCACUGGACCUCCACAAACGCAGCUCGGACCUCCAGCAGCAGCUUCUGCUGGACCUCCACAAACACAGCACGGACCUCCAGCAGCAGCUUCCACUGGACCUCCACGAGCCCAGCUCAGACCUCCAGCAGCAGCUUCCACUGGACCUCCACAAACACAGCUCGGACCUCCAGCAGCAGCAUCCACUGGACCUGCACGAGCACAGCUUGGACCUCCAGCAGCAGCUUCCACAGGACCUCCAGCAGCAGCUUCUACUGGACCUCCACAAACACAGCUCGGACCUCCAGCAGCAGCUUCCACUGGACCUCCACGAGCCCAGCUUGGACCUCCAGCAGCAGCUUCCACUGGACCUCCACGAGCCCAGCUCGGACCUCCAGCAGCAGCUUCCACUGGACCUCCACGAGCUACAGGGCCUGGGCUUCAAACCCCCCCUCUCCGAGCGCAGAGCCCCGAUGAGCCUUCGCUCAGAUCAGCCGCAGACACGGCAGACACCAGGAAGCACCUCUAUAAUAUCUUCCCUCAACAAAGGCUGAAGAUUGAUCAGAUCCUCUCUGAGCACCCGCACAUGAGAGACCUGAAUUCACUGUCCUCGCUGGUGCUGGGCCUCCAAGGACAACACUGGUAGCAAGCACAGGAAGAAAGGCACGGACUGUUGUGCUUUUCUUUUUGGUGUGUGUGCGUGCGAGAGUAGAAUGUAAAUUCAGCUUCUGAGUUCGAAGUGGUUCGUGUUUAUUAGAAAAAGAAAAUAUUUUGUUAAUGGGCUCCACUUAACAGCUGUGUGUUCAAAAUGUGUAUAUUUUCUUCUAAUUAACAUUUAAUUUAUUGCAUCAGGGAACUAGAUUUGUCGUUAAUCACUGUGUUCCAAUGCUCGUUUCUCUGUUGAAAAGAAAUUUAUAUUUUUUGUUGUAAACCAUGUACAUUGUCUGUCCUUGUAAAAAAUGAUUGUACACCAACUUGUACAUUUAAGUACCACACUCAUUGGGUACAGAAUUUUUUUUUUAUCCAUUUAUGGCAAACCCUUUCUAAUGAAACACUGGUUACUUGUUUUUGUGUGUCUCAGAUUUGAACAGCUGCUGUUUUAAUUCAUUAUAGUGUUACUGAAAGCACUUUUGAACAACUCCAAAAGUUUUGCAUCCCCCUAUAGAAUUAACUAAUUUAGCUUCGUAAAGUCAAAUGAAACCUCAAUAAUAAUAUGUUAACAUAAUGAAUUACAGACUGCUUUGUAGUUUUCUUUAUACCUAACAAAAAAGUGACAACAUUGGCAAAUAGUCAUGAAAAAUGUUAAUAUAGUUUAUUAAAAAUUUUUGUGAUGCAAAACUUUUGUCCAUAGCGUUGCAGACUGUACUAAAGUGUGCGUCCAUUGCAGACUGUACUGAAGUAUGCGUCCAUUGCAGACUGUACUAAAGUGUGUGUCCAUUGCAGACUGUACUAAAGUGUGUGUUCAUAGCGGUGCACACUGUACUGGUGUUUGUUCAUAGCGGUGCACACUGUACUGGUGUUUGUUCAUAGCGGUGCACACUGUACUGGCGAUUGUUCAUAGCGGUGCACACUGUACUGGCGAUUGUUCAUAGCGGUGCAGACUCUACUAGUGUUUGUCCAUAGCGGUGCAGACUACUAGUGUUUGCUCAUAGCGGUGCAGACUGUACUAGUGAUUGUUCAUAGCGGUGCACACUGUACUAGUGUUUGCUCAUAGCGGUGCAGUCUAUACCAGUAUAUUUAAUCUUUAUCCUAAUGUUGCUGUUUAGGUCUUUGUGACCCUUGUUCUGAAGUUCACUGAUCUUGAGACCUGGAAGUAGUGAAGUCUGUUUGUUUGUUUCUGUUGAGGCUCUGCUGUAGUGUCUGUUGUUGAAAGUCCACAUUCGUUUCUUGUGAUUAUUGUGAGGUGUUUAUUUUAAAUGUUUAUGAAACUAGUCUCAGAAUGUUCUAUAUAGUUAUAGUUGGCUGGGAGGAGUGUAUUAAAGAUAAUUUCCAUUACACUUCCGAAAAUAUUUUG